AUGUUGGCAGAUAUUGAAGACAAAGAGAAGAUCAAGUUAACAAAGAUGCGCAAACAUCGAUCUAAAUCCAAAUUAAAUCGAAAUUUAUCAUUAGAAAAAUCAACUGAUAGAAUAAUACAUCCACGUAUUAUUAAUGAACUGAAAAGAGAUGUACAAAUUUGUUUAUACCAACGUUUACGUGAAAGUCGUUUUGAUCCAAGUGGUAAAUUAUGUUUACAAACGAAUCCUUCGUGGCUAAUGAAACGAACGAAAUCUGCUAUUGAUUCUCAGCAAAGAUGUAAAACUGGACCGAUUAUUAUGUCUGCUAUCAAUCAACGACAACGUUCAAUGGAAUCCUUUAAACGUAAUGAAAUCAAACGUUUGACAGCUGAUGUUCAAACUAUUCUAACAGGACCGGUCCUGAAAAAUAGUAAUCAACUGUACAAGCAAACAAACAAGAAUAAACAUAUUUAUCGUUUCUCUAAUUGA